UUCAAGUUAUCAAAUGUUGGUUGUUCAAAAAAAAAACUGGGCCCUCCAGUUACGGCUCAAACUUUGAUCAUUAACCUAAUCUUACACCAUGAUUAAUGGAGAGUUCUUAAGGUGAAAUUUUUAUCGGAAUAUAAGAACCUGUCUCUUAACUUUUAACUAAAAAAACUAAGAACCGGUUUUAUUUAAGAGCCGGUUCUUAAUUUUUUUAGUUAAAAGUUAAGAGACGGGUUCUUAUAUUCUGUAAUAACUUCACCCUAAGAACCUCCCAUUAAUCAUACUCUAAUCCCUUAAUGUUAAGGCCCACAAUUUGAUCAUUAACCUAGUCUUAGUCCCUUAAUUAUAUAUCAGCUACAAUUAUUAUCGAAAAAAGAGUAUAACUACAUGUUAGAGGUGUUCUUAGCCGGUGCAUGAUUAACUCCAGUCUCUUAGCCGGGAUUUUUAACUUAUGAUUUGAUAUUUUUUUGCUUUUUGUUUUUUGUUUUACAUUUUUUUCAGCUAAGAGACACCUUUUAGAACAUCAUUAUCCAUGUAUGUUAGGGGAGUUUUCGGAGGAAAUUACGAUUAAAAAAAAAAAGCAACUAAAACAAGAAACGCAUCUUAAAUUCGUCUCUUAAGUACACGUGUUGAGACUUGGCUUUUCCUUCUUCCUCUUUUGAUUCUCCUCUUGGAUCAAUCUCCGGCGCCAUGGCUCCCAAUCAGUUUCCUUUCCCAUCAGUUUCGGCGCCAUGGCUCCCAAUGACGAUGAAUCUGUGAAGCUCUUCCUCAGCAUCGGUCUGGACGAGAAAACCGCCACCACUACCAUCAACAACCCCAAGGUCACCGCUAAUCUCACCGCCGUUAUCCACGAGGCUGGUGUAACUAAUGGAUGCGAUCGAACUACUGGAAAUCUGUUGUACACGGUGAGAUUUGUUUUGAUUAGCGUUUUGAAUUUGUAUCAAUGCUGGAAAGAAACUUAUUGAUGUGUUAAAACUCCAGCACAAUUGGAUGCCGCAGUUUCGUUUUUUGAC